CCGUUUUGAACGUUAUGUAAAAUAUACAAAAUGGCGGACCUUGCAGCAAAAGACAUAAAAAGCGCUGGUGACCGUGAAAAUGUCAAUCGCAUCCACAAAAUUCACGUCACAUUGACCUCUAUGAAUCUCAAAGCCAUUGAAAAGGCUUGCAAGACUAUGAUCAAUGGAGCCAAGGAAAAGGACCUUAAGGUCGUUGGCCCUGUGAGGAUGCCCGUGAGGACUCUCAAGAUUACCACUAGGAAGUCUCCCGUUGGUGAAGGAACUAACACUUGGGACAAGUUUGAGGCCCGUCUUUACAAGCGUGUCAUUAGCUUGCACUCCUCUAGUGAGGUUGUUACUCAGAUUACCUCUUUCCCCUUGGACCCUGGUGUUGAGGUUGAGGUCACCAUUUAGGUGACUUGAGAUUUAUUUUAUUAAAUGUUUAUGGGUUUGAA